AUGCUUAGGUUGGAGCAAAAAUGGAGAAGCCAACUACCUACACAGAGUGGCGGCUUAAAGAGAACCAAGGUUAGUGCAAUUGGAGCAUACUCAUCCUCAUCAAACCAAGAAACACCAUUGGCUGACGAACCCGGUGUGGACUCUCCCGUUCGCCCACAAGGAUCAAAGAAGAGCAAGCGAAAAGGUAAGGGAAAAGCACAAAUGUCUGAAGAUUUUAGCAAAAAGAAAUCAUCGGUUAUUAAAAAAUUAUCUCCCAUGGAAGAUAUUAAGAAUGUUAGAGAAAAAGAACUAAUAGAUAGGGAAAAAGAAAGAGAAGAGGAGAGGGAACAUAGAGCAAAGAUUAUGGCAAUCAAAGAAAAGGAGUUACAAAUUCAAGCGGCAAUGAAAAAACAAGAAUUACAAACUCAGAGGUAUCUUAAAGAAAUGGAGAUAAAUGCAAAAGAAAGGGAAAUGGAAAGGAAGGCCAAGGAAAGAGAAAGGAAAAUGGAUAUGCAAAUACUUAAUGCUGACACGUCUACAAUGAGUGAAAAACGACGAGCUUUUCAUAAAAUUGCAUGUGAGAAAAUAAUCGCCAAGUGGUUUACUUAA